GUAGUAUAAAUACCGUACGUACUACGAACAGUUGGUUAGGACUCUCUCAGUCAAAGCAAUAUAAUGAAAAUCUUCGUGGCUCUUUUGGCUUUUGUGGCCGUUGCCAGUGCGGCCUCCGUGGGCGAGCCCAUUGAUACCCAUUCGAUCUCCAGCACGGUUGUGGAGCUGAUCGAGGGUAUUCAGGAGCAGAUGCCCUGCGGAUUCCCCGGCCUUGGCCUUCCGCCCUUGGCUCCCCUGAGAAUCGAUCACCAGGAUAUUGACAUCGACACCAGCGUGCUGAAGGCUGAGGGAUCCGUUGAUCAUUUCCGCCUCAAUGGUCUGAAUGAUUUCGAUAUCGAUGAGAUGAAGAUCAAUGCCCUGACCAGCAAGGUCACCUACAAGUUCUCCUUCCGCGACGUGAACGUGGACACCGUCUACGACCUGAAGGUGCUGCUGAAGAAGUACGGAUUCACCGUGAACCUCAUCGGUGCCGGUCACGCCAAGUUCACCAUCAAGGAUAUGGUUAUCUGGGGAACUCUGAAGUACUCCCUGGGCAUGCUAAGCGGCAAUUUGAAGCUGAAGUCCCUGGAGGUGCGCACCCACUUGGGUGAGGUUGACUCCGAGAUCGAGGGCAUUCUGGGCGAUGGCCAAAUCAACGAGAAGAUGAACGAAUACCUCGCCGAGGUCGUGGAGCUGGCCAUCAAUGAGAACGAGGAUCUGAUUGCCGAUACCAUCGAGACCAUUGCCCUGCCGGCGGUGAACAGCGUCUUGGACGAUCUCAGCAUUGCCGAAAUCAUCUCCGGAUCCGGUGGUGAGGGCGGUGAGAAGGAGGUCUGCAUUCCUCCCGAGUUCGAGUGGUAAACAAAUCAUCGGUCAUUAAACAACCGUUUUGAAUCAAGUA